AGGAACCCAACAAUCUCGCAGGAAAAAAUGCAUUCAAGUAUAAUGGUCUUGUCAACAAAAAGGUAUGUGGGAUUAUGAUAAUAACUUGAAGAUAUAGUAUAUCAAUCUUGAAUUAAUCUUGCAUGUUGGGCGGCAUGUACUGUAGGUAACAAAGAUUGCAAUUUGCAGGCUUGGGUGUUUGAUGUAACUACAUGAAAAUAAAAAUGAACUUGACAUAAUAUGUGUCUUAUUUCCUAACUUGACACUGUCCACGCCAAUGGUAUUAAUGAAUUUUUGCUAUCUACUUAGGUUUAAUUUGCCCAUGCCUUGUAUCAGGAGAAAUUGACAGUAUUACCUCACUUCAUUUUUGUUUUUCUGUAUUUCUUGUAUAUCUUCAUUCGGGUUUUUUACCUAUAGUAUCUUCAAUCUCAAUGACUAUAUUCUGGAAUGUGAUUUACAAAUUUUGAUUACACUUUUUUUUACCAAACCUAUCUUUCUAUAACUUGGCAGUAUAUCCACUAUCUAAGCAGACUUCUAUAGGUGCAUUGUGUAUGUUCUUUGUCGCAAACACCAGCACUUAUUAUUGUAAUACUGCAUAUCGAAAUGUUCAUGGUUUAGGCUCCCCAAAGAAAAUUGCACAGUUUUUGUUUGAUAUAUCUUAUGCAUGGUUUCGAAUCAAAACUCAGGGGUUCUAUGUCAGCUUUAGUACAGAUAGGAAACCUGGGACUCAGUGUAGAUUGUUGUGGAUACUUGACAACCUGUAAAAUAAGUAUUGUCAAUUGAGUUUGUAGGACAGCACAGCUAAACAGUAUUCACAUAUGAUGUAAUCAUAGUGAUUAUACUACAUCAUCUGUAGUAUUCACAUAUGAUGUAAUCAAGUAUUGAUGUAAUGUUGUAAACUAUAGGUUGUUGGUGUUGAGCCCAGUCCUGAUGGUAAAGGUGUGUUGCUUGUAACCAAGAAAAAACGAGGUAAGAUAUAUUUGAUGUUACAAUUACUUUAUACAGUAUGAUGAAAAAGAUUUGGAAGUACUGUAGACUCUGUGCAUAAAUCUGUGUGUUUGAGUGGCGAGAAUGAAUAUGUGCACAUAUGACUAUGUCUAUGAAUCUUGGGAGCAAGGGCAUAGAAAACUCGUCAGUAAAAUGGAGAUUACAGUAUGUAGGGAAAACGUGAUUUGUCGGUAAUUGAUUGUAAAUGGUCGGUAAGUUGAUCAGUAAAAUGUGCCCUUUUGGACAGUACGUCAUUUGGAUUAUAGAGCAUUAUUUUUGUGUAUGUGAGAUUAGUGAAAUGCAAGCCUCUCAAUCGCGAAAAUGAGGCUCCAUAGCCAGAGUGGCGUACUUUGCAGAAGCGUUUAUUGAGUUGGUCAGUAAAGCGACAAGGCUGUAGAGGAACACACGCGCACCUCAAUCCCGCUCGAAAUGGUCUCGGUACGCCACCACUUGGAAGAAACGUUAACCCUUAAGGGUAGUGUGGAUUAUAAAGCAUUUGCUUGGAUCUGAGAAAUGUUUAAUGAAAUGUGCAGUUGCUCCGACACUGGCUAAUAAUGAUCGAGGAGCUUUUCAAUAUCUACAUUGAUGGCUUGUGCUAAUCACUUCCAUCAUGAAUCAGUCCCAACAAUUCAUGCAACCGAAAAGUUAGUCUUAGUCCCAGGAUAUUGUUUUCGAAUUUUCUGCAUGUUUGAUACCAUAAAGUUCUGAUGUAAUUCUGAUGCUUGUCACAACGAACAGUACAGAAUAAAAUUAAUCGGUCAUUCAGUGUUUUUGCUCGGCAGUUAACCAUUUCCCAACCGUUAUAUUCCACACUGCUUAAGGAUCAGAUGUAUGAACAGCAACCAGGAAAAGGUACUCAGUUGAUUGGAAAUUGUCAACUGCUGUAAAUUCAAAAGAGAAUCAAAUUUCACCCCAGAAUUGCUCCGUUUUGGGGUCGUUUCGACUCUAUUAUGGGAUCGUUUCGACUCUAUUAUUGGAUCGUUUUGAUGACUCUAUUGAAUUAACAGUGUGGUUACGUAUUUCUUCCAGGUCACAAUAAGCCCGGCUCUAACUUGGUUUCAAACAAACUGAGCAAAAACAGUCGUGCGUCAUUGAAAAGCAUUAGAAAUGCUUGUGGUAAGAGCCAUUACCGAGGUGAUUUGGAGGAUGCCGCAGUGCGUCGUGCUGCUGCCUUCAUACGAAGCCAGAGGCCAACUGCUGCUGUCCAAAAGCGACGUACACGUAAGAAGCAAAGUUAGAAUGUAACAAGUUGAUGUUUCCGAAUAAAGAUUUGACCUCUGAUAUAAAUUGAUUGAUUCACUUCUUUAUGCGUAACCAAAUUUUUCGAGAUUAAACCACUUGUGUGAUACCAUGGAUUGUAAAAUAACUG